AACCUAGGCGGGGACCAAACUGAGGUGACACGAGCAAGGGGAUCCAUCCCGGGAGGGGAUGAAGCCGACGCGACAUGGGCGAGGGAACCGGUGGUCGAGGGGAUCCAGCCGACGUGAGUUGCACUCGAGGGGAUCCUCCUUGCUCUCGCCUCGCAUUCCAGUGGGUUGUGCCGGCGUCGCCACCGCCAUCCCCGCAGGUUCUUUCUUCUCUCCCAACCUCCGGGCAUGUAGCCAAUGGCUUCUAUCGUCCUUGCCGCCGCUGCCGCAGAUUUUCUUCUAUCUUGACGAUAGUGAUGGAGCCCUCCUCUUGUGGUGGCGUGAAGUGACGAACAUAAAGCCCAGUCCUUCUCGAUUCCUCUCCUCUCACGGGCUGAAUCUUUGUGUUCUGCCAACAUGGUUACUGCCGCGGUCGCGCCCGCAUCUCUGCUCCAGUCAGUCACAUUGUGCUAUGAUGCGCACAUCCUCAAGUCCGGGAAGAGACCCUGGUUCAAGAGUUUCUUGGUCAGCUCUUAUAAUUGGGUUCUUAUGGAUGCCACCAAUGCAUGCAAUAUAAAUAAACAUAUUUGAUGAUAUCAUCUUGAACCGAUCAGCCUCCGUAGAUGAAAUCAGUAAACUGGAGCACUCCAAUCUAUCUGUCACUUAGCCCUUGAAACCAGUAUGACUAGUAGCCAAAUACACUCAAAUCAUAGAUCUCUAGAAUUUACUGUAGCUAUCUCACAUGGUAUAGUACUAAAAGACAAGGUUUUUCAAUUUUUCACUAAAUACUAUCAGUUUUUAAAACUCAAAUCAUCCUAUUGUUGCAAAGUUGUGAGGUACAUAUCUGAUAGCUUACGGUUGUUCAAAAAACUAAGUCCAUGAUCUAUCCUAAAUGUGAGAUUUCCUUGUGAAUUAGUUGCUAGGAUUAAUUCUUUUGUUCUGUUGCAGCUCACUCUUAACUAAUGGCAAUUCAUGUCCAGAGCCCUUCGCUGUCAACAAACUAGAUGUAGACACUCAGGUGAACGCAGCCGCUCAGCCCCAAAUUGAUAUUUUCUGUAAUGAUUCUUGGUAUGUAUUUAUAUUAGUCAGAACAUCUUAUAUGGGUGUCUUCUCAUGAUAUUUGUACCUUACAAAGAUUCUGUCUUGAUGCUUGAAUUUUACCAGGUUCUUUCCUAUUUUUACCAUUCAAUUAUUACAGUUGUUAUUAUGUGUAUCACAUUUGCUGUAAGGUAUAUAUGUUGUUUUCUGCUGGAGAAAACAAAUUUGCACUCUAUUGAUUGAGUGCAUGGCAGUAAUGAUUUCCCACCGUCAUAUCC